AACUCUUUCACUCUGGAAAAAAUACUAUGAAGGUGUCAUCUGGGUCUCACCGUUCCCAAUUGAAGACACUGUCACAGUGAGCUCAGUUCCUAAGUUGAAGAUCACAAUUCACAGCUCAUAGCUCACAGCUCACGCCUAUGGCUUACCUGGCAAAUUACUGCACGAGGUUAUUAGUCUCAUUUCUCAUUAAGGAAACCCCAAUAAGAAAGGCAUAGACUUUGAUUGAAUGGGGGAAAAAAAUGAAAGUAACCCAUUAGGCUGAAAAGCUUGAAAACUAACUUAGACCCCGAAAAAAAAAGACAUGAAGUGUAAAAUGGAAAGUGAAGAGAGCAGCCAAUUGCGUGCUUCAGGAUCUAGACACACGCGUUCUCAGGCAGCUCCAGAGUGGACUGUAAAGGGUGCCCUCAUUCUUGCAAAUGAGUAUGCUGCUGUUGAAGCAGAUUGUUCAGAUGCUUUGUCUAGCUACCAGAAGUGGAAGAUAAUAGCUGAAAAUUGCACUGCUUUGGAUGUACCGCGAACUUUGAAUCAGUGCCGGAGGAAGUGGGACUCCUUGGCUGCUGAGUAUGGCAAGAUCAAGAAGUGGGAGUUCCGGUCCAGGAGUGGUUCAUAUUGGUCUCUGGAAAGUGAAAGGAGAAGAAAAUUUGGGCUUCCAGAGGAAUUUGACUAUGAGCUGUUCAAAGCAGUUGAUGAUUUCAUGAGUGCAAGGGAGAACCGGUCGGAUACUGAGCCAGAAAGUGACCCAGAAGCAAAGGCAGAGAUGGCUGAUGUAGUUGAAGAACUAGGACUAGGGGUGGUAGUUUAUCAAUCUGAAAGACCAAAUCACGACAGAACUGAUACAGGGUUCAAGAGGCAAAGACGGCGGUUCACAUCUCAGAAAAGUUGGCUGGAAGGAAAGCCACUGAAAUGCCACAUAAAGGAAGAGCCUUCAAGAAGGUCCACGGAAGAAAAGCCUCGGAAAAGACGCCUUGAAGAUCCUGUGAAUAGCUUAACAGAAGAAAAUCCUCAGAAAAGCUGCAUUAAGGGAAAGCAUAAAAAAGGCCAUGUAGAAGAACCUGUGGAGAACCCUCUAGAAGAAAAGCCUAAGAGAAGUCAUGGUAAAGGAGAGACUCGGAGAAGUCAUGUGGAAGAAGAGGAGACAAUCGGCACAGAAGCAAAAGAGCAAAUGAUGGUUAUGAAAUUGCAGGAGAAUGCAGAACUGAUCAAUGCCAUUGUUUCUGAAAAUGUCGACUUAGGGGCUGCCAAUGUGAGUAAUGUGGAGGACUACCGAACUGAUUUUGUAAGACGUCAAGGGGACAAGCUUAUUGCAUGCCUCAGAGACAUUGUAAACACCCUUGAUCAGCUCCACGGUCACGUUCAAGAAUGUGAAUAAUUGUUAGCUUUCCUUGAUUUCCUUUUGAUUAGUGAACUUGACCUUUUAAUUAAGAAAAUGAUGUGAAGAACAAAAUCAGCGUGAAUUUUCCCCCUUCUAGCAUGCUAAUCUAUGUAAUGUAGUUCAAAAGUGGUAGUUAAUCUGCAGAAAGUUUAUAAUGUUACUGGGUGUUUAUAUCCCCAAAUGUUAAAAAAAAGUUCCAUGAGUGUUUCUAGGCUCUAGCACUUACACAAAUUCAUUUUUUUAAGGUUCA